CCACUCCUUUCGCUUCCAUUUUCAAUACACCAAAAUUACAUCAUCCCCUACCAAUUCUAGGACUAUAUAUUAUAUUAUUAUUUCAUGUCUUCUCACACAUUCCCACACCUUCACUACUUCUACGUGCAACCCACCCCUCGAUUACCAUUCACAACCCCUUGCAUCGUGAGCCACACGUCAUCACUCGCGCGUCGAGAUCCCUUUGUUCAACGCGCUUUGCAGAAAAUUUGCCCUAGACCACUUCCCUUCUCUAUAUCCACCAUGGACAACCACCGUCAGCCACUCCGAUCACGGCUGCAUUGCCAUUAAUUUUUUGUAGUGCUCUAAUUCCGAUCUCGUUUCUUCAAUCUGUCAGAUUCUCGAUUUUCUCUUCGUAAGGGCUAAAAAAUGGAACCUAUGGAUAUCGUUGGUAAAACAAAGGAAGACGCUUCACUUCCAAAAGCAACUAUGACAAAAAUUAUCAAAGAAAUGUUGCCCCCAGAUGUUCGUGUUGCCCGAGAUACUCAAGAUCUUUUGAUUGAAUGUUGUGUAGAGUUCAUUAAUCUUAUCUCAUCGGAAUCGAAUGAAGUUUGUAAUAGAGAAGAGAAACGAACAAUCGCACCCGAACAUGUACUCAAGGCUUUACAGGUUCUUGGUUUUGGGGAAUAUAUUGAAGAAGUAUAUGCUGCAUAUGAACAACACAAGCUAGAGACCAUGGACACUGUGAGAGCUGGAAAGUGCAGUAAUGGAGCUGAAAUGACUGAAGAAGAAGCAUUAGCUGAGCAACAGAGGAUGUUUGCUGAGGCGCGUGCAAGGAUGAAUGGUGGUGUUACAGGUCCCCCCAAGCACCAAGAUUCAGAAGCAGAGCAAACCUUGAAUAGCUAACUUUACUUUUUCGUUGUUGUGUAGGAAAAAAAGCAUCUUUAGUCUGUUUUAGUAGCAGGACCUCUCUUCUAUUGUGUACAAAAAGGCUCCUGGCGCAUGUGUCCGCUUGUGAGGGCUCUAGUUCAGUUUGUACUCAGAUGCAUUAUGUUCAUAUAUUCUGUAAAUUAGUAAGAAUUUGCUUCA